GAAGUACAGCAGCCGCUUCCCUCCAGAGCGCGAACUCCCUCUCAUCAGCAUCUCCACCGCAGGUUGAGUUUCGUAGCACGGACACGCGCCGGGAUGUUCUACUUCCACUGUCCGCCGCAGCUGGACGGAGAGUGCUGCCGCUCCAACACACUGAAUUCCACCGGUUUUGGCAACCACGCCCCGGCUGAUUUUGACGAUGGGUUUCUCCGCCGGAAGCAGCGCAGGAACAGAACCACGUUUACUUUGCAACAGCUGGAGGCUUUGGAGGCUGUCUUCGCGCAGACACACUACCCUGACGUCUUCACUCGCGAGGAGCUGGCCAUGAAAAUCAACCUGACCGAGGCCAGGGUGCAGGUAGGCUGCGUUCUGCCGCGUCAGGUUUGGUUUCAGAACCGCAGAGCAAAGUGGAGGAAAACAGAAAGAGGGAGCUCAGAUCCUGAUGGAGGGAAAGAGCAGAUGAGCGAGGGCUCUCCUCCAUCUCGUAGCAUCAAUUCUCAGUCCCCCGUUGACCAGAGCCGGAAACAGAAGGAACCGCUUGAGAUGCAGCAAAGGACAGUGGGUCCCAGUGGUCCGUUCUUCCCAUCCUGUAUACCAGGAACCCUCCUGAACUCAGCAACCUACGCCCAGGCCCUGUCGCAAGUAGCCACACUGAAAGGCAACGGUCUGUGCUCGUGCUGUGUGUCCGACCCCAUGGGGCUGUCCUUCCUGCCGCCGUACGGCUGCCAGGGCAACCGCACGGCCAGCGUGGCCGCCCUGCGCAUGAAGGCCCGCGAGCACUCGGAGGCGGUGCUGCAGUCGGCCAACCUCCUCGGCGCGGCGGCCGGACCCGCGCCCGGCGUGGGGGUGCUCUCUGGCGUGGGCGUGGGCGCGGCCGGAGUGGUCAGGCCAGCGAUAGAGGUGCCCGGCGCCGGCGUGAGACGGGUGGACAGUUCCAGCCCCGGCAUGGGCACCAAGGCCGCCAUCCUGGGCGCCAGUCCUGAGAAACAUCCUCAUUGCACCAAGGAUAACCUGGAGAAGAAGUGA